CAUCAGCAGCAUCCAUGGCCUGUCUUUGGGGUUAACACUUGUCUCCUUUGGCUUUGGCAGCUGACAGCGAACCUGGGAAGCGGCGCUGUGAGGACUUAGCUGGAAACUGGAAUCGUAUCCUCUUGCGUUUUUUCAGACUCCUUGGAAAUUAAGGAAUGCAAUUCUGCCACCAUGAUGGAAGGAUUGAAAAAACGUACAAGGAAGGCCUUUGGAAUACGGAAGAAAGAAAAGGACACUGACUCUACAGGUUCACCAGACAGAGAUGGAAUUCAGGGAAAAAAAAAGACUCAGAAGACCCAGCUUCUCCUCACCUCUUGCUUCUGGCUCAGAGCCCUCUCCUUAACUCUGUCUCAGAAGAAAAGCAAUGGGGCACCAAAUGGAUUUUAUGCAGAAAUUGAUUGGGAAAGAUAUAACUCACCGGAGCUGGAUGAAGAAGGAUACAGCAUCAGACCUGAGGAACCUGGCUCUACCAAAGGAAAGCACUUUUAUUCUUCAAGUGAAUCGGAAGAGGAAGAAGAAUCCCACAAGAAAUUUAAUAUCAAGAUUAAGCCAUUGCAAUCUAAGGACAUUCUUAAGAAUGCUGCCACUGUAGAUGAACUGAAGGCAUCAAUAGGCAACAUUGCACUCUCCCCAUCACCAGUGAGGAAAAGUCCGAGGCGCAGCCCGGGUGCAAUUAAAAGGAACUUAUCCAAUGAAGAAGUGGCAAGACCCAGGCGUUCCACUCCAACUCCAGAACUUGUAAGCAAAAAGCCUCCAGAUGACACUGUGGCCCUUGCCCCCCUCUUUGGCCCACCAUUAGAAUCAGCUUUUGAUGAACAGAAGACAGAAGUUCUUCUAGAUCAGCCUGAGAUAUGGGGUUCAGGCCAACCAGUGAAUCCAAGCGUCGAGUCACCAAAGUUCAUAAGACCUUUUCCCACUGGAACACCUCCACCACUGCCUCCUAAAAAUGUACCAGCCACACCACCCCGAACAGGCUCGCCUUUAACUAUUGGACCAGGAAGUGACCAGUCAGCAACAGAGGUCAAAAUUGAAAAACUACCAUCAAUCAAUGACUUGGACAGCAUUUUUGGCCCAGUAUUGUCCCCCAAGUCUGUUGCUGUUAAUGCUGAAGAAAAAUGGGUCCAUUUUUCUGAUACAUCCCCGGAACAUGUUACUCCAGAGUUGACUCCAAAGGAAAAGGUGGUGUCCCCACCAGCGGCAUCAGACAACCCAGCUGAGCCCCCUGCUCCAGGGCCUCCUGGUCCUCCUGGCUCCCCAGCCCUCGCAGGACCCCCUGGCCCUCCUGGUCCUCCAGGUCCUCCUCGCAAUGUACCAUCGCCACUCAAUUUAGAAGAAGUCCAGAAGAAAGUUGCUGAGCAGACCUUCAUUAAAGAUGAUUACUUAGAAACAAUCGCAUCUCCUAAAGAUUUUGGGUUGGGACAGAGAGCAACUCCACCUCCCCCACCACCACCCACCUACAGGACUGUGGUUUCAUCCCCUGGACCUGGCUCCGGCAGUGGUACGGGGACCGCCAGUGGUGCGUCCUCUCCUGCUCGACCAGCCACUCCCUUAGCUUCUUGCAGCAGCACUACCCCACCUCCACCUCCUCCCCGGCCUCCAUCUCGGCCAAAGCUACCUCCAGGAAAGCCUGGAGUCGGAGAUGUGUCCAGACCUUUUAGCCCUCCCAUACACUCUUCCAGCCCUCCUCCGAUAGCGCCCCUAGCCCGGGCUGAAAGCACUUCUUCAAUAUCAUCCACCAAUUCCUUGAGUGCAGCUACCACUCCCACAGUUGAGAAUGAACAGCCUUCCCUCGUUUGGUUUGACAGAGGAAAGUUUUAUUUGACUUUUGAAGGUUCUUCCAGAGGACCCAGCCCCCUAACCAUGGGAGCCCAGGACACCCUCCCUGUUGCAGCAGCAUUUACAGAAACAGUCAAUGCCUACUUCAAAGGAGCAGAUCCAAGCAAGUGCAUCGUCAAGAUCACUGGAGAAAUGGUAUUGUCCUUUCCUGCCGGCAUCACCAGACACUUUGCCAACAACCCAUCCCCCGCUGCUCUGACUUUUCGGGUGAUGAAUUUCAGCAGGUUAGAACACGUCCUGCCAAAUCCCCAACUUCUCUGCUGCGAUAAUACCCAAAGUGAUGCCAAUAACAAGGAAUUCUGGGUAAACAUGCCAAAUUUGAUGACUCACCUAAAGAAAGUAUCUGAACAGAAACCCCAGGCUACAUAUUAUAAUGUGGACAUGCUCAAAUAUCAGGUGUCUGCCCAGGGCAUUCAGUCCACGCCUCUGAACCUGGCAGUGAAUUGGCGCUGUGAGCCUGCAAGCACAGACCUGCGCAUAGAUUACAAAUACAAUACAGAUGCAAUGACAACCGCUGUGGCCCUCAACAACGUUCAGUUUCUGGUCCCCAUAGAUGGAGGAGUAACCAAGCUGCAGGCUGUGCUCCCACCUGCAGUCUGGAAUGCUGAACAGCAAAGAAUAUUGUGGAAGAUUCCUGAUAUCUCUCAGAAGUCAGAAAAUGGAGGAGUGGGUUCUUUAUUGGCAAGGUUUCAGUUAUCUGAUGGUCCAAGCAAACCUUCCCCAUUGGUUGUGCAAUUCACAAGUGAAGGAAGCACCCUUUCUGGCUGUGACAUUGAACUUGUUGGAGCAGGGUAUCGAUUUUCACUCAUCAAGAAAAGGUUUGCUGCAGGCAAAUACUUGGCAGAUAACUAAUAAAAUCAUAUGCAAGCAUUUUGGAAGAUUCAUAUAAUGGAGGACUGUUGUAUGAGAACCAGGUUUUCAUUUCAGUUUGAUGAAAACAAACCAAAAUCUGCACUUGGGAUAGAUCUGCUGGAAAUGUCAAAGACUUUCAGCAAUGACUUCCCUCACACAAUACCAUGAUGACCAGUCGUACAGUAUUUACUGCUAGGUGUAAUAUUGUUAAUGGUUUUACAAUGUAAUUAUUGUAUUUGUAAAUUGUACUCAUUCCAGUAAGACAGUUAGACACUUGAGUUUUAGCAUUCUACCAUUCCUGAAAUGGAUGUAAUUUAAACUGUGGUAUGUAAAUUUAAUAGUAGUACUGUUGAAUGGCACAAUGCUUACAGAGGUAGAUUGCAUUUUGUCAAUAUAUAAAAUCUAAAUAUAAGAUUGAUAGCUGUCAUAAAGGGGGUGCCACAUGCAAAGAAAAUUAAGUGGAACCAGAAAAAAAAAACUUAACUUUUAUUCAGUCUUAGUGUGUCUUACUCUAGUGCUAAAUAAAAAUUCUAUCUUCAAAUGUUUAGUGAGUUUAAAUUCAGAAGCUAUUUCAGAAAAAAAAAAUCUAAGGUUACAGCAUAUUCGAAAAAAAGCAUUACCACUUUUUAAAAAGCUUUUUUUUCAAACUGCAAAUUUCAUAAAAAUGCAAACUGUGUAAACAGGGCCUCUUAUUUUUAUAACUUGUGUAAAAAGGGAAAGCAAUUCAUAUUUAAAGUUUAAGUAUAUGAAAUUAUAAUCAAGAGAAAAGAAGACGCUGACGUCUUAACUACUUCUCCCUCUCCCUACAGUUUAGCAAAUGUGGAGAUAACUGAAUGAUCAGUCAGACUAAAACCAAAAUUGGGACUUUAAGAUUUCAGGACUUUCCAUAGUUGAACUGGCUAACAGCUUUUGCACAGUCACUCUGAAUAAAUGCCCUCUCCCACCCAACACAGAGGAGUGGAAUCUCUUAUCUCCCUCUUUUACCACAGGCAUCAAAACAUUGAAACCAGGAGUCUUAGGAGAAAAAUUUUAGUCCCUUGUUUAGCUACAGAAGGAGAAUUUUGAUUGUCAUCAUUUACAUAAUUUGGGAAGGAAAACAGUAAGCUUUAUCAAUUAAUUCUAUCCAUGUGAAAUGUGUAAUAAACUUCCUAUUGGAUGAACAAAAUAUUCUUUAUUAAGAUUCAUUGUCUAAAACUGUAAAUCGUUGCCACUCUUGGGGAAUCAAGAAGAGAGAUCUCAAAAAUUUAUGUCAUGAUUUCACUUUUGCAAGGCAUAAUAAAAGCUGUAAUCACUAUCCAGCUCUACAAUAUGGAAGUUCAGAGAGAAGUACUUCACCAGGGUCCCAGGUGUAAAGCCAUCCUCUGUUAAGAUCUGAAAACAUUAGUCUUCCUUUAAUUAUAGAACUUACUUUAAACAUAAAUCAAUUCCCACUUUCGGUUAUACUAUU